AUGGCUUCUCCCGAUAACAGCCUCCCCGAAGGCUAUAAACUUCAAACCGGCUACCCUUCGACCUCCCAAUAUAUACAUCUUCGCUCCGUGGCCGGACUCUCGGCGAAAACACCAUCCCAGGCGGCAGCCGUUCCCACUGGCAGCUGGUUUGGCUGUUACAUCACCUUCGAGACCACCAAGGAUGAUCCACAACUGGUUGGUAUGGGAAGAGUGAUUGGCGAUGGUGGCUGGUAUUUUCAUAUUGCCGACAUGGCCGUGCACCCUGAUCACCAGAGGAAAGGCCUUGGGGAUGUCAUUCUCAAGGGGCUUCUCCAGCACAUCCACCGGGAGGCCCCUGCCGAUGGCAAGCCCUAUAUCACGCUGUUUGCCGAUGAGCCAGGACGGAGGCUAUACUAUAAGAAUGGAUUUGUGGACGCAGCACCCGGUCAACUAGGCAUGGCCCUGAAAUAA